UUUGCACACAUUCGCCACCCGACUGUGUACUAAGCAAGAGUAGAGAUUCAUUCAUUCUCUGAUGUGCAAAAAGUGUGUUGUAAUUUGUAAUGCAAAUACAAAAUAACAAUUCUCCCCAUCUGAUCAUCGUUUUUACAAGUGAAUGACUGACCCGAUUCAUCUCCCCCAGUUGUUAUUUUUUAAUAAAAUUUGCACAAUCUUAAUUUUCCAUUGUAAAAAAUUUGGUGUGUCGGUGUGUGACUGACAUUUCGUCAAUGUGUGCAAUUAAUUAUACUAACUAGUAUUAUCAAUCAGUCGAUUGAUUGCUAAUAUCUAAGGGGAAUAUAACAUAAACAAGGACACAUAGUUGAUCAAGAUAGCCGAUAACCUUUGACACACAGUAGCCUAUAUGUUCUUGCCUCUCUGCAGUGGUAAAUAUUUAGCAGGAGAGACACUGCUUAAUACUUACAGUUUACACACAACUGCUGCUUGUGUAGAUGUAAUAUAAUCAAUCCUCAAUAAAAUUCAUCAUCAUCAACUUUGCUCAACACCAAUUCAUUAAUUUUGUAAUGCCAUUCUCAAACCCUGAAAAUCAGUCCGUGAGUUACAAGGAGUGGACGUACUAAUAUCUAAUAAAUAUCAAUUCGUUUCGAAACCACAAGUUUCCAGAUUCCUCUAGGAUAAGAGAACUUAUAAGAGAAAGCAACAUACCCAUCAUUCUCGUCGCAUUUAACUUCAAGUAUGCCUCAGCAGAAAAAUGAGAUAAUAAUUAUUUCGACUUUCUCUUGACUGUCGAGUUUACUGGAUUUAGACGACGACGAUUUUAUCGCAAAUUAAUUAUUUAAAACUUGCUGCCGGACUUCUAUACAUAGCGAGUGAGUUUAUUAACAUUGAGCACAGGUAUCAUUGUUGGAGAAAUUGUGGAAAAUUGCCUUAUCAAGAAACAUACAUAUAAAAUUGAGAAGAAAAUCAACACAUCUCUCUUACUUACUUAACGAAUAGAACAAGUGACUGACUACCAUCAUCUGAAAUAAGUUCGGGGACACUCACUUUGGCGAAUCAAUCAACUCAACUUUAGUGAACCCCAUCAUACAUCUCAAUCCAACCCAACUCGGUUAUAUAAUAUUCCUUCGUUUCGUAUUAUUAGCUGUCCGAAUGUUGCUCCUUGCGAAGUUGCGACUCAAUCAAUCAGCUCUAGUGGCGUUUCGGAAGUGCGACUGUGACACUGCUGGCAGCUCUGGAAUUGGAUCUUAAUAUUUUACUUGUUGGCGAAUUGUGCUCCUUCUCAGUCAGUGAAUCACUUGCUCGAAAAAUUUCGUCAAGUGGGUUUACACACCGUGGCGACCUUUCUAUCGGAAAUAUUACUCAGAGGAAAAUCGAACAGACGUGAGGACAAGAUCCUUUUCUCGUUAAAAUGGUUCAAAAGUACCAAUCCCCCGUCAGGGUCUACAAGUACUCCUUCGAACUGGUCAUGGAGGCGUAUGAACGGCGGUUUCCAACCUGUGAUAUGAUACCCGUAUUUGUUGGCUCAGACAUUCUUGAAGAUACAGAAUCCGAUGAUGGAUCUCAACACGUUGUAGAGCGACGUUGCAAGUUAAAUAUCGAAGCACCUUAUUUGCUCAAGAAAAUCGCAGGAGUGGAUUUAGUAUACUUUAUACAGAAAAAUACCCUGGAUCGUAAGAAUAGAUCCCUUAAAAUUGAAGCUUUUAACGAAAGUUUUGAUACUCGUCUCGUUGUUCACGAAGUUUGCAAUUACUUUGUGCAUCCUGAGAAUGCAAGUUGGACUUGUUUCGAUCAGAGCGCUAGUCUAGAGGUAAAGUCCUUCUUUGGCUUUGAAGGCGUUGUCGAGAAGAUUGCCGUAAAGCAAUACUCAGCCAAUAUUGCUAAGGGUAAAGAAAUCAUCGAAUAUUUCAUCGAAGAGCUAAAGAAUGAAGGCAUUACUAGCCUGCCGGUUUGGACUCCUAAAGAGAUAACUCAAUCUCAGGGAAAAGUAGAAGGUGGAAAUGAAGCUACUGUUGAAAGGGAUGCCGAGGACAGUAAAGCAAACAUAAGUGACGAAGCUUCUUCUAGCCAGACCAUAGUAACUGCCAGGAGACCUUCAAAAACGUUAGAAGAUUUAAAACUUGGAGCAUCUGCUUCAAGCCUAAAAUCUCAGCAUUCUAAUCUUAGCAGGCAGCUAUCGGGUGACAAAUCUGCCGGAAGCAGUGUAGUAGGAGGAGGUCAACCAGGGAUUCCUGCUAUUCGUUGUGACUCCUUUUCAGAAGACGAUGACAAAUAUCGCCUAGAUGCUGAUUAUAUCCAAAGAUAUUUAGGCGACCUCUCACCAUUAGAAGAGUCGCAGCUCAUUCAACUAAGAACCUGGGUAGCUCAUCUACAAAAGGGAAAGAUGCCGAGUGAUGCAAUACUUCUUAGAUUUCUUCGGGCUCGAGAAUUUAACAUUGAGAAAGCAAGAGAAAUGUUAUCACAAUCGCUAACCUGGAGGAAAAAAUUUCAAUUAGACAAAAUAUUGUCUGAAUAUGAGGCCCCUGAAGUUAUUAAAAAUUACUUCCCGGGUUGCUGGCAUAAUUGGGAUAAAGAUGGCCGCCCAUUAUUUGUGCUGCGGUUAGGUGUUAUGGAUGUAAAAGGGUUGAUGAAAACCGUCGGAGAAGAAGGCCUUCUUCGGCUGACACUUCACAUCUGUGAAGAAGGGUUAAGGUUAACAGAAGAAGCUACAGUGCAGUCUGGUUAUCCCAUAACGACUUGGACGCUACUUUUGGAUUUAGAAGGACUAAACAUGAGGCACUUGUGGACGCCCGGUAUAAAAACUCUGCUGAGGAUAAUUGAAAUUGUAGAAGCAAAUUAUCCAGAGACGAUGGGUCGAGUCUUAAUUAUUCGUGCUCCACGUGUGUUUCCUAUCCUCUGGACCAUUGUCGGUGCAUUUAUAGAUGAACGGACGUGUUUAAAAUUUGUAUUUUAUGGAGAAGGACCUGGGGAUUUUCCAGACUCAAUUCCAGAAGAUUACAUUCCAUCAUUUUUGGGGGGUAAAUGCAAAACAGAAAUUCCGGAAGGUGGUUUGGUCCCAAAAACGUGCUAUAUGCCUGAAGAACAAUUUUUGAAACACUUGACCCUGUCAGAAGAAAGCAUAUACAAGUGUGUAAAUUUAUCCCGUGGACAGGUACAUGAGCUAGUAAUUCAAAACGACGAUCUUGGUAGCGUUAUCACUUGGGAUUUUGACGUACUACUUUCGAAAAAUGUCCAUGGAGUUUGCUUCUCAAUUUUUCGAACUACGAAUUCUCUUCCGGCAAUGGUGCCAUCGCCAACGGGCGCUCUUCAGGUCAAACCAAAUUGUCCUCCUAUAUCUGAGAAUACGGAGCACAAGUCCGUGAUCGAGAAAGCUUGGAAAGAAGGUCAUGAUUUUUUCAGAGUGGAGUCAUCAACUGUUUGCCACGACGGAGAAUCCGUUCAGGGAUCCCAUGUUACGAAUCAAACAGGCUUCUAUAUUAUGCAAUGGAAAUUCUUUGAUCCAAAUCCAACUUCUGGGCAUCAUAUUAUGGAUUCAUUGACAGUUCCAAAAGCGAAAGUUAUGUAUUACUUCGAAGUUUUAAAAUCUGCCGAUUACCGAGGGUCAAUGACAUCACUUCAGUCCCAAAAAAGCUGUCUGUCUUCAUUAAGUUCUGCAUCGAAGGCCAACGGUUCCACUGUGGAAGGUUCUUCAGAUAAAUCAUGUCUUAGCGCUGGUCUUAGCACAUGUCCGUCGAGAUGAAUGUAGUAGACUUUUUCAGUUAAUCGUUACAAAGUACGCGUUUUUUACGCUUAUUCUUGGGUAGGCACAAUUUUGAUUUCAUCUAUUGAGUCUCAUUUGACUAGUUUUUAUACAACGGAUAUGCAUUCCGAUCGGACUGUAUUAUGUUAUUAUUAAGUUCUAUUGUGCAUACAUAUACGACAGUUUUGAUGAGUCGUGUCACAAAAAUAUAUGAUGCAAUUUCAUCACGGGAACAUUUUUUGAGAUUGUGACAAGCAUUACAAGAUGCUUCUACAAAUAUUUUAUGAAAAGAGAUUAAGAUUCACAUGUUUUAUUGUUUAUUAUUAUAAGACUUACAGAAAGCCUUCACUUGUAGUAUGUGAUUGAUUUAAAUGCUUCUUCCAAAAAUACCUUCCGAUUAGUCACUUACUAAAAAUGAUGUAUUGUUGCAAUUAGUGAACCAGUCAGAGAGAUAUUAAGCAUAGUCUACGUAUAUUUUUAAUGUUAGUGGCUAAGUUAAACAACCAGGUAAUAUUAAAAUUGCUUAAUGACUGACACGUGCAUUCCCAUCGGAAGACUCAAACUAAUAAGAUAUUGGUGCUAUACACGUAACGCAUUACCAGUUUUGCUUUAUCCGUUAUUCAUAUGUAACUCCAUCAAUUCAAAAGAGUUACCUAUAAUGUAGUAAUGUUUUUUGGCAUGCCAUCAUCGCCUUAAGUACAUCUGAAUGUUCUUAUUGGAGAUACACAAAUACGUUGUAGCAUUUAGCGAGGAUAAUAAAUAUAUUAACGAUACUUCCUAUUACUGUUAUAAUUACAUAUUUAUUAUGUAGAUGUACGAACUUUGCCCGAGUAAUCUCUCAAUAACUGACGUGUGAUAAUAUAUUUGAGCCUCGAGAAAAUUACGAACCUCUGCUUUAUGUACAGUUAUAAUAAAAAUAUGCCCUCAGUCACUUAAAAUGACAGUAGCCAAGAUCUACCUAGUUCCCGAGCAGAGAUGCUAAAAUGUUCUAGUAUUUCUUACAUUUUUCUGUUAAUUUUUGCAUAUAAUAUAUGUGCUUGUAAGUAUUUAAGUAAUAACCUUUGAUAGAUAUUAAAUAACAUCAUUAUUAUAGAAUUUUAGCAAUUGAGAUUUGUUCUGAUUGAUUGAUGUAUGUAAUACGUACAUAUCUAAACUUUUUAAUAAGGAGGCUAUUGAGUAGCAGACUCCUUCAGUAAUUCGCUGUCAAGUAAAAACUAAAUCAAAAUCGUGAACUAACCAAUGAUGUUAGCGUGUAGGUUAAAACUAACCAGAUGCUGCUGGUCUCUUGUCUAAGGACAAGUUGUUCUGUUUUAUUUUGCAAAACUUUAAUUUCGCAAUAAAGUGCCACUAUUUGUGAAACUACAAA